AUGGGGUACAAUCUUGCAAAUGGAAUUUAUCCUAAUUGGGCCACAUUUGUGAAGACUAUCCCAAUGCCACAAGGAGAGAAGAAAGAAGUAUUUGCCAAAUGUCAAGAAUCGACAAGAAAGGAUGUGGAACAAGCAUUUGGUAUACUCAAAUCACGAUUUGCAAUUAUAUGUGAUCCAUCACGUGCUUGGGACAUAGAUAUAAUGAAGGAUAUAAUAUUGACAUACAUUAUAUUGCAUGACAUGAUUGUUGAAGAUGAACAAGAUACAUACAAUGAUAAUAUUGAUGUUGAUUAUGAUCAUAUAGACAAUGAGAUUUCAACUGAUGUGAAAGUAGAAAAGGCAAGAUUGCGUGACAAAGGUUCCAUACUAUCACUAUCACACUGA